UUUUGUUUUUGUUUUUGUUUUUCUUUAUAGGAGUUUGUUCUUACAGCUUCCACCAUCCAAUAGCUGAAGGCUUUUAUAAAGAUUCAGACCUCAUCUGUGUCUGUAUUAUACAUAUAUAGUCUUUUAACAUUUUGGCUUUCACCUUCGUCAACAAGCAGCACAAGUGUUCCCACUGCAAACCAAGACGGACUUUACUAAGCCAAAGAAUCUUUAGCCUCGAACUCCUAAAACCAAAACCAAAACCCACCAAGAAAUCAGCUCUCAAACGGGUUUUCUUUUUUCUUGAUUGGGGCUUGAGAGAAAAUGGCGAUGGUGGCUCAGCAGCACAGGGAGAGCAGCAGUGGGAGCAUCGGCAGGCACCUUGAUUCUGGGAAGUAUGUAAGGUACACGGCCGAACAGGUCGAGGCGCUCGAGCGGGUCUAUGCCGAGUGCCCCAAGCCCAGCUCUUUGCGCCGGCAGCAGUUGAUCCGGGAGUGCCCCAUUCUCUCCAACAUCGACCCCAAGCAGAUCAAAGUCUGGUUCCAGAAUCGCAGGUGCCGAGAGAAGCAGAGAAAAGAGGCUUCGCGGCUCCAGACUGUGAACAGGAAAUUGUCAGCGAUGAACAAGCUAUUGAUGGAGGAGAAUGAUCGGCUGCAGAAGCAGGUUUCGCAGCUUGUAUGCGAAAAUGGGUAUAUGCGGCAACAACUACAAACUGCGUCAGUGGCAACUACUGAUGCAAGCUGUGAUUCCGUGGCUACCACUCCUCAGCAUUCUCUGAGAGAUGCUAAUAACCCUGCUGGACUCCUCUCCAUUGCGGAGGAGACCUUGGCAGAGUUCCUCUCAAAGGCUACAGGAACUGCUGUUGAUUGGGUCCAGAUGCCUGGGAUGAAGCCUGGUCCGGAUUCGGUUGGGAUCUUUGCCAUUUCACAAAGUUGCAGUGGAGUGGCAGCUCGAGCCUGCGGUCUUGUGAGUUUAGAACCUACAAAGAUAGCAGAGAUCCUAAAAGAUCGUCCAUCAUGGUUCCGGGACUGUCGGAGCCUUGAGGUUUUCACCAUGUUUCCAGCUGGAAAUGGAGGAACAAUUGAACUUGUUUACACUCAGACGUAUGCUCCGACAACACUGGCUCCUGCACGUGAUUUUUGGACUUUAAGAUACACUACAAGUUUAGACAAUGGCAGUCUUGUGGUUUGUGAGAGAUCUCUGUCUGGUUCUGGUGCUGGCCCAAAUGCAGCAGCUGCUGCUCAAUUUGUGAGAGCUGAAAUGCUUCCUAGUGGCUAUCUGAUUCGGCCCUGUGAGGGUGGGGGGUCAAUAAUCCAUAUUGUUGACCACUUGAAUCUUGAGGCAUGGAGUGUGCCAGAAGUGCUGAGACCGCUUUAUGAAUCAUCAAAAGUGGUAGCCCAGAAAAUGACUAUUGCGGCACUGCGCUAUAUCAGGCAAAUAGCCCAGGAGACAAGUGGUGAGGUUGUAUAUGGUUUGGGCAGGCAGCCGGCUGUUCUGCGAACUUUUAGCCAAAGAUUGAACAGAGGCUUCAAUGAUGCUGUCAAUGGAUUCAAUGAUGAUGGCUGGUCAUUGAUGAACUGUGAUGGUGCUGAAGAUGUUAUUAUUGCUCUUAAUUCAACCAAAAACUUGAGCACCACUUCUAAUCCUGCUAAUUCCCUUGCAUUUGUUGGAGGAGUUCUCUGUGCAAAGGCUUCCAUGCUACUCCAAAAUGUCCCUCCUGCCGUGCUGGUUCGCUUCUUGAGGGAGCACCGCUCAGAGUGGGCAGAUUUCAAUGUUGAUGCCUAUUCUGCUGCAUCACUAAAAGCAGGCUCGUACGCUUAUCCAGGGAUGAGACCUACAAGGUUUACUGGGAGCCAAAUUAUCAUGCCUCUUGGCCACACAAUAGAACAUGAAGAGGUUCUUGAGGUUAUUCGACUUGAAGGCCAUUCUCUUCCUCAAGAAGAUGCUUUUGCAUCAAGGGACAUUCAUCUUUUGCAGAUAUGUAGUGGAAUUGAUGAGAAUGCUGUGGGAGCCUGUUCUGAACUUGUAUUUGCUCCGAUUGAUGAAAUGUUUCCAGAUGAUGCUCCAUUGCUGCCCUCUGGUUUCCGUAUUAUUCCAUUGGAUUCAAAAACAUGUGAUGCAAAGGAUUCCUUGACAACACAUCGCACCCUAGAUCUGACAUCCAGCCUUGAAGUGGGGCCAGCUACAAACAAUGCUGUGGGAGAUGCUCCAUCGAGUCAUAACUAUCGAUCAGUGUUGACUAUUGCUUUCCAGUUUCCAUUCGAUAGCAGCCUACAGGACAAUGUUGCUACCAUGGCACGCCAGUACGUCCGAAGUGUUAUUUCCUCUGUCCAGAGGGUUGCUAUGGCGAUAUCACCAGCAGGAUUGAGCCCAGCUGUGGGACCAAAGCUUUCUCCUGGCUCUCCAGAGGCUCUUACGCUUGCUCACUGGAUCUGCCAGAGCUAUAGUUACCAUUUAGGGGCAGAACUGCUGAGAUCUGAUUCUCUGGGUGGUGAUUCGGUCUUGAAACAUUUAUGGAGUCACCAGGAUGCCAUUUUGUGCUGUUCACUAAAGUCGCUGCCAGUUUUCGUCUUCGCAAACCAGGCAGGGCUCGACAUGUUGGAAACAACCCUAGUCGCGCUCCAGGACAUCACGCUCGACAAAAUCUUCGACGAGUCUGGUCGCAAGGCGUUGUGCGCCGACUUUGCCAAGCUAAUGCAACAGGGAUUCACUUACUUGCCGGGUGGAAUCUGCAUGUCAACAAUGGGGCGCCAUGUUUCAUACGAACAAGCAAUUGCAUGGAAAGUCCUUGCUGCGGACGAGAGCACUCUCCAUUGCCUUGCAUUUUCUUUCGUAAACUGGUCUUUCGUGUGAAGACUUUUAAUUAAGUUCAUCAUAUAUUCGUGGCCCUCUUCUUUUUUCCCAUUUGAAUAUGAAAUCCGGAAAAAAGAAAACCAAAAAAGAAGAAAAGAAAAAAAAAAAAGAAAAUGGAAGUUUUGUACUACUAUCUAAAUCCCUGCCUCAGGUUUGCAUUAAUAUUAAUUUAAUUCAAUUUUUAUUUAA